GCGACGGCGCGCCGUUGGUGUCAUGCGGAAGAUGGCGGCGUCCGUGGGAGGCUGAGGGCUCUGCAGAGGCAGUGAGAUUUCCGUACAGCCCGAGCGUGCGCCUUGGGGGUCUCUUCGUUCUGUGUUUUCUGCUCCCAGGUUUCGCGCCGCGCAUCUUUUCAGGCCCUCGGGCGCGAUGUGGAGAAGCUGCCUCCGACUGCGGGACCCCGGGCGCCGCCUCCUGAACCGGCCCGCUGGUGGCCCUAUAGCCUCGGUGGGGCCCGGGCCAACCCACCCGGCCCCGGCCCGGGCCUACGCGCCCCCAACAGAAAGGAAGAGAUUUUAUCAGAACGUCAGCAUCACACAGGGUGAAGGUGGCUUUGAGAUAAACCUGGACCACAGGAAGCUGAAAACUCCCCAAGCCAAGCUCUUUACGGUCCCCAGCGAGGCCCUGGCCAUCGCAGUGGCCACUGAAUGGGACUCCCAGCAGGACACCAUCAAGUACUACACCAUGCACCUGACCACACUGUGCAACACAUCCUUGGACAACCCAACCCAGAGAAACAAGGAUCAGCUGAUCCGGGCAGCUGUGAAGUUUCUGGACACAGACACCAUCUGCUACAGGGUGGAAGAGCCAGAGACAUUAGUGGAACUUCAAAAGAAUGAGUGGGAUCCAAUCAUAGAAUGGGCCGAGAAAAGAUACAGUGUGGAGAUCGGCUCCUCCACCAGCAUAAUGGGACCCAGCAUCCCGGCCAAGACUCGAGAGGUGCUCGUCAACCACCUGGCAUCUUACAACAUGUGGGCCCUACAAGGGAUUGAGUUUAUAGUGACCCAGCUCAAGUCCAUGGUGCUGACCUUGGGCCUGAUUGACCUGCACCUGAUGGUGGAGCAGGCUGUGCUGCUGUCACGCCUGGAGGAGGAGUACCAGAUCCAGAAAUGGGGCAACAUUGAAUGGGCCCAUGACUACGAGCUGCAGGAGCUGCGGGCUCGAACCGCCGCCGGGGCCCUCUUCGUCCACCUCUGCUCUGAGAGCACCACGGUUAAGCACAAGCUCCUGCAGGAGUGAGGCAGCACCUGCCCUGCAGGACGGACCUGUACAGCCACAGCUCCUCCGGCCUGCGGGGCCCUCCUGACCUGCGGGGCUCCCCUGGCGUGGGGCUCCCCCAGCAUGCGGGGCUCCCCUGACAUGCGGGGCUCCCCCCAUCUGCGAGGCUCUCCUGACCUGGGGGGCUCCUCUGGCCUGUGAGGUUCCCCUCACCUGUGGGGCUCUUCUGUCCUUCAGAGGUCGGCCUCGCUCAGCAUCACCGAGAGAUAGCCCCGAGCCACAGUGCUCUGUCCAGAGGUCAGCCUAAGUCCAAGGCAGCGAAGGAGAUGAGGUGUACAAGUGACUUUCUCUUGACCCUG